AUGGGCGGACUCCACCUCCCCUUCCACCUCCAGAAACCGCUCGCCGAGCCGCACAGCAGCUUCUCCGACAAGACCAUUGUGGUGACGGGCGCCAAUUCGGGGCUUGGGUUCGAAGCCGCCGCCAAGUUCGCGGCGCUGGGUGCGAAACGUGUCAUCCUCGCCGUGCGCGACGUCUCCAAAGGCGAACAGGCCAAAGAAGCCAUUAAAUCACGCACGGGCACAGGCACGGGCGCGGGCACAACGGACGUCCUCGAGGUGUGGCAGCUCGACAUGAACUCGUACUCCGGCAUCCGAGCCUUCGCGACCCGUGCCUCGUCAGAUCUCGAUCGUCUCGACAUUGCUGUGCUCAACGCGGGUGUUUUCAUGACCGGCUACGAGACGUCCAGCUACGGCUGGGAGGAGACGAUGCAAGUCAACGUGCUGUCGACGGCGUUGUUGGCCCUCCAUCUCCUUCCCAAGCUGAAAGAGACUGCUCGACAAGGCGGUGGCGGCGGUUCAUCUCCGGUGCUGGAAUUUGUCUCUUCCAGACGGCACGAGAAGGUCGUCCUGCCUGAGGCAGCUCUGAACACCGGCACCGUCUUCGAGACCUUCGACCAGGCUGCGAACUACAACUCAAGCAAGCAAUACCAGGCGUCGAAAUUCUUCCUGAUGUGCGUGAUGCGAAAGUUGGCCGGGCUGGUCGAGUCCGAUGUGCUCAUCACCGCAGUCUGCCCCGGUUUCUGCCAGUCGAAUCUCAGUCGAGGCCACCAAGGGUUCUUUGCGGAUCUAGUCCGAGCGGUGCUCAACGCUUUGGUUCUGCGCACCUCGGAACAAGGAUCCAGGGCACUGGUGUCCGGUGCAGCCGUCGGACCGGAGGGCCAUGGACGGCUAUGGUACGACGACGGAGUUCACGACUUGCUGCAUCCACUGCUUUCGCCCGAUAACGGCCAGCCGGCUGUGGACAAGGUGUGGGAUGAACUUCUGGCUGCUUUGGAGAAAGACGUACCCGAGACAAAGCAGUUGCUUGCGGAGCUGACGCGUCUUUCGUGA